AUGCCGUCUCCGAAUCCUCGAAAACGACCGGCGCCGGGUGCGGUACCCAUACAGCAGCAAAUGACGCAACCUUACAAUACCCAGGACCAGCUGCUGAGGUGGAAUGGGAACGGUCCGGCUAGCUUCGUCGACAGCACCGCGAGCAACGUAAAUGGCGCAAGCUCGUACGGGGUCAUCCCGUCGCCGACGCAGGCCCAGUACGCGCAGGGCGCGCCGUCGACCGUUGUCGCAAGGAGAGGCGUGAAUAGCGCCCUCGUCGCUGCCAAUCGCGCCUUCACCCCGCAGCAACCCGAUCCGUGGUCGCACUUUGACGAGAAUCUGAUCGCCAACCCGGCCAACGGACCGGUUGACGAGCACGACAAUAUCGAGCUACUCGAGGAAAAGGCCCAGAAAGCAAAGAGGGAUGCGCAGGCGAAGCGGAAGCAGAUCCCGCCUUUCGUGCAAAAAUUAAAUAGCUUCCUGGAAGAAUCGAAAAACACGGACCUGAUCAGAUGGUCGGAGAAGGGAGAUUCGUUUAUCGUACUCGACGAGGAUGAAUUUGCCAAGACGCUCAUACCUGAAUUGUUCAAGCAUAACAACUACGCGUCGUUUGUCCGGCAACUCAACAUGUACGGCUUCCACAAGAAAGUAGGGCUUUCGGAUAACUCGAUGAAGGCUAGCGAGCGUAAGAACAAGAGUCCAAGCGAAUACUACAACCCUUACUUCAAACGUGGUCAUCCCAACCUGCUCUGGUUGAUCAAUAAGCCGAAGAGCGGCACCAGCAAGAAGACGGGCAAGAAGCGUGGCGACGAAGGGGAUAUGGAGAGUGACGAGGACGCCCCAGUCCCGGAAGACGUUAUCGGACACGCCUUUCCCCAACAAACGGCCCAAGCCCGGGCUCUGCCCGCGCCGGAAUCGGGACCGCUCCAGAAAAAGGAGUUGGCUGUCGUCCGAGAUCAGAUGGCAGCGUUACAACAACGGCAGAAGCAGAUAAGUGAGGCGAUACAGCGGCUCCGGCAGGAGCAUAAUCAGCUGUACCAACAGGCCUUGAUGUUCCAGAACAUGCAUGACCGUCACGAGAACUCGAUCAAUGCCAUCCUGAAUUUCUUAGCGAACGUAUUUAGGAAAUCGCUGGAGGAACAGGGCGGCGUACAAAACGUGAACGACCUCUUGGCCAGUAUCAUCCCCAACGUCCAGAUUCCCGCGCAGCAAGGCCAGGGCAGCGUCGUCGACCUCGGCGACUGGGUACAGCAGCAGAUGCCGAGGAACACGACACCGACGGGUACGCCCAAGAGGCCGCACCGCUUAUUGCCGCCUAUCCCGCAGAACCAACCUCCAGGGCCCUCCCCCCCCGCAGCGUCUACUCCUUCUCCUUCUACGCCAUUCUCCAACUACCCCAAUCACCAACAACCGCAGAUGGGGCAUGUUACGGAGGUCUUUGACACGCCGACGGAGUCCAGCACGCCGGCCUACCUCAAGCAGGAACUCGAGUCGAACCCACAGGAAGGCAUGAUGAAGAUUAUCCAAGAUGCUAACACGAACGCUGGGAAUAUAUCUGUCGACCUGCCUAGGGUUGCUGCCAAUACGUCGGCGACGCUCACCAACGACCAGCGGAAUCGUAUGCUGAGCAUCAUGUCUGGCGGUCCGGGUCUGAGCAACGCCGCGCCCACGCCAGUCCCGCCCGCGACCACGGAUGUCAAUACCAACCCGAAGGUAGGGGCUUCGUCGACCGGUAGCGCACCCACCGUGAACGCGGGGAACUCGGUCUCGCCUAUCAUGCCACCAUCAAUCCUCCCUCCAUCGAUACAGCGGAUAUCACAGACGGAAGAGGAGCUCGAGCACCUGCAACGCUUGCAACACGAACAGGCACAGAAGUUGGAGGAUCUCAACCAGCUACUAGGACCCCUGAGCCCCUCGGGCCGAAUCCCCGGCCUCGAGGACUCGAGCAAUUAUUUCGACGAUAACAUCGAUCUGAACCAGUACCUCGAUCCCACUGCGUAUUCCACCGACGGACCGGGAAACGACUUCAAUUUCGACACGUCGGGCUUCGCCGACGGCACAGCCUUCGACUGGAAUCCGGACGGCGGCGACUUCGUGGCGACCGGCGACGCCGGGAACGCCGCCCGGGUGGUCGAGACGAACACGCCAAGCCACAAAUCGCCGAGCCCGAGCGGCACCGAGGAGAUCCUACGCAACGAUCUGGACGACAGCCCGAACCGAGCCGCCAAGAGGCAGCGUCAGGCAUGA